AUUGCCUCAGUUUCAUUUUAUUUAACCUUCCCCAGUUCACGUUCUUGAAACACAACUCGGCCUCGUCUCCGACUAAGAUGUUUACAGCCACCGCCUCAGUUCCACCGCCGACCAAUCUUCAGAAUUCUUCGGCGGCCGAUCUCUAGAGUUCACCGCCCCUCGCCUCCAAUAUCGCUUCUCCUCUUCAACUUAUAAAAGCAUUUUUAGAAUCCCACCGCCACCUCACCGGCGCCUCUUUCAUCCUUUGUAAACCCUUAACAAAAACCCUAAAAAAGAUCUACUAGCUAUGGAAGCAGUCGUUGUAGACGCCGGUACCAAAUUUCUCAAAGCUGGCUUUGCUGUUCCGGACCAGCCCCCUUCUAUGAUUAGUGGAUUGGAACUUAACUCUGUUGCUGCUAGCUUUACAUUGUUGAUUGAGAUUGAACUUGAUAGUGAAGCGUUAUCCUACACUUCCCUCUUCUUCACUCUCUCUGUCUCUAUGGGUCGAAUUGGGAAGCGGCUGCGGCGGCGAUUGCUCUCACGUUUAAGUGAGGCUACGGAACCUGCUGUAGUUGACAUUGGUUCUAAGUUUCUAAAAUAUAAUCAUGCCUUGCCUAAUCUAGGCCCGGAGGGUUUUGAUCUCCCUUUUGAGGACCUUGGAAGAUUGAAAGCUGUCUUGGUAUUGUCAUCACAAAUGAAGAAAAUUCCUGAAGAUGAGCCAUUGAGUUAUUCUGCCUUGCUCGCAAGUAUGGAUAUUGAUCCAGUUGAAAGAGGCUUUAUCAGAGACUGGGAUGCUAUUGAAGAUAUGUUGAAGCAUAUACUAUACAAUAACUUGGGUUGGGAGAUUGGCAAUGAAGGACAAAUUCUAUUCACUGAACCGCUUGCAACUCCAAAGUGUAAGUACAUGCUUAUGCAUACAUUACAACUACUGCAGAAAGGUUACAUUGAGUAUUGGGAAGAGAAUACUAGAUCUCUAAUCGAGAUUGACAUGGAACAGGCUGUUAGGGAGAACUUGGUGCAAUUGAUGUUUGAAAAGUUCAACAUCUCUGGUUUUUAUGCGUCCGAGCAAGCAGUUCUGUCCCUUUAUGCUGUAGGACGCAUCUCAGGUUGCGCUGUUGAUAUUGGCCAUGGAAAGAUGGGGUUUGAUGAUGAUGCUAUUUCGUAUAGCAGGUACUUUGGUAUUUUGAAUCAUAAUGAGGCAUUUGAUGAUGACUGUUCCUUGAUGACUCUUUUUGUCUUUCUGAGAAUAUUGGUUUUGGAGACUGAUAUUGCAUCAGUAAUUGAAGGUGCUGUUCAGCAUAUAUCUUCCCGAAGAUUUGAAAUUGGUGGCUCGGACUUAACAAACUUAUUUGCUCAAGAACUCCGCCAAUCCAAUCCGCAAUUGAGGCUUAACCUUUCGGAUUUUGAAAAGUUGAAGGAGCGGUUUGCAUGUUGCGCCGAGGAUGAUGUAGCCUAUGAAAAACUCCUGCAAGCAUGCCCUGAGGAGCAACAUACAUUGCCUGAUGGACAGGUGAUUAAAAUUGGAAGAGAGAGGUUCACAGUUGGUGAGGCCCUUUUUGAACCAUCUAUCUUGAAUAUGGAAGCACAUGGAGUAGUUGAACAGCUUGUCCGUUGCAUUUCAACUGUGUCAACUGAGAAUCACCGCCAGCUGUUGGAAAAUACUGUACUAUGCGGUGGAACUUCAACCAUGCCUGGGUUCGAAGAGAGGUUCCAGAAGGAAGCUGCUCUUUCCUCCUCUGCUAUCCGGCCUUGCCUUGUGAAGCCUCCGGAGUACAUGCCAGAUAACUUGGCUAAAUAUUCAGCGUGGAUAGGAGGUGCCAUACUUGCCAAAGUGGUCUUUCCUCAAAACCAACAUGUGACGAGAGGAGAAUAUGACGAAACUGGGCCUUCCAUUGUUCACCGCAAGUGCUUCUGAGGAGUCGUUAAGUGCUAGGCUUAGGCAGCAAAAAACUAUUAAAUAAAGUAGGGUUGAAGAUAUUUAAUCCAUGCUGCCGGAUAGUAGUAUUUAACUUCUGAAUAUUAUUAAACUUGUGUGUGUUGUGCCAAAAGUCAUGUAAAUUUCGUAUACUUUGUCAUGGCUGAACCACAUUACAUGUGUUAAUGAGCUCGUUUUUAGGCAUCUGGUUUUAUUGGUGUGGGAAGUGGAAGUUAGAGAAGGCAAAUGAAACACUUGUGCCUAAAUAAAUGAACCUGACUAGACUGCAGGUUGACUAUAGCUGGUGAGUAAGGGUGGCAAUUUGGCCUGGACCAGCCCUUAGUCUUUUAGGCUUGUCAAAUCGGGCUUUUUUCGAAAUGUGCUAGGUCGGGCCUACAUGGCCUGCUUCGACCCACCAGCUCGCAGCAAGAAGAAAAACGUGUUCAUCCUCUUCACUUCAUCUGCAAAUCGCCAAAGCAACCAAGUAAAAAUGCUAAAUACUUAAUUCAAAACAUAUAAUUACUUAACUUAAUUAUUAACAUUUCAUUGGGAUGAUUAUGCCUUAUUUGUGUAUAAUUACGUCUUUAUUUAAGUUUAAUUGUAUAAAAGUGUUCAAAUUUAGAGACUUAUUUUGUGAGACUUGGAACUAUUGUUUUUCUUUUUUUAAUUUCCCUUACACGAUGUUAUUAGGG